AUGAACCGCAACGAAAUUUUUGAGCUGACUGUCGACGGUCUGAAGGAAAGGUUAGGCGACUCAGGGCUAUCGACUAUUGGACGGAAAGCGACACUACAAGACAGACUGAUGGAGCAUUUCGGCCUGACUGUGAGUGACGGUUCCGAAACUGAUGUGGAAGAGGUAGCAAACCAACGAAGUUUGCGUGAGGACUCAAUGACUUCGUUUAAAGGAACGAGACGUCCAAGUUUCGAACAAUGGCUUGAGGGUUUUGAGGCAAAUGCAUCAGCAGUACGUUGGAACGAGCUGCAGAAAUUCAUCUACGCAAAACAACUGUUGAAGAGUGCGGCAAAGAUUUUCAUAAGAAGCCAAAGAGGAAUAAGCAGUUGGAGUUCACUAAAACUAGCGCUGCGGCAGGAAUUUGAUGGCGCCGAGUUCAGGCAGAAGAAGGUGGAGGAAACGCCACAGAGCAAGGAGGAGGUGAAUACUGGAGCAGUAAGGAAAGAUCGCAGUGUUGGGUUAGCGAAGCCUAAGAAGUUUGAUGUGAAAUUAAACGUGGGCACAAGGCUGCAUGAAGAUGAGGAGCAGUAUAUGGAAGCCGUUAGGAAGUAUCGCAGAAAGAUCUCUAAUAGAAGGGCUUUGGAAGUACCAAACAAUGAGAGCGAGGGCGCUGUUGUGGCUAAGGAGCCGAGAGAGUUCAGGAUUUCAGAAGCGAGUUCUAAGGUGGUUUAUGAGACUGCGGAGAUUGGCACUAAUGCUAGGAACAACCCAGUUGAUGAAGGUGAUAACAGGAUUGUCCAACUAAGCGAAGAGUUUGGAACCCUGUGUAUGGUCGCAGGAAUGGAGAAGAUACCUGUGGGCGAAGUCGAUCUUUCACACCUCGACAAAGAGAAAGCAACUAUAGUAAGAAGAUUGGUAGCGAAUUAUAAGCCUACAGGCAAUUCGAAUUCGCCAGUAGAGAUGAAGAUMUUACUUUCAGAUGACACCCCAGUAUAUGAAAAUCCCAGACGGAUGUCAUACACCGAUAGACAGGAGGUGGAUGAGCAAGUUAAGGAGUGGUUGAAGGAUGGGAUCAUUAAACCCAGUAAUUCAAAUUAUUCGUCACCAGUGGUGUUAGUUUCGAAAAAAGAUGGAAAGAAACGUUUGUGUUGCGGUUAUCGGCGAUUAAACACAAAGAUAGUUCGCGAUAACUUCGCGAUGCCAAAUAUCGACGACGUUAUCGAAAAGUUACAGGGUGCUAAUAUUUUUACAACACUAGACCUUAGCAAUGGAUUUUGCCAUGUCCCAGUGGAGGCUACCUCCAGGAAUUACACCGCAUUCGUUACAUACAACGGACAAUAUGAAUUCGAAUACGUGCCUUUUGGCAUAUCGAAUUCGUAG